GCAUAUUUCAUCUAGGAAUAUUGAACUAGUUAACUUUGAAGGUAAGCCUCUAAUACCAAAAAUAAUAUUAAUAUUCUUGUCAUUUUUUAGGUGUGCUGUGGUGCUGCGUGAUUUAAUCAUGCCUUAUCUUCUCCGACGGAUGAAGGCUGAUGUGAAUGCCCAACUUCCAAAGAAGACGGAGCAUGUUCUAUUUUGCAGCCUUACACCAGAACAAGUAUCUGCUUACAGAGCAUUUUUAGCUAGCACUGAUGUGGAGCAAAUAUUGGAUGGACACAGGAAUUCUCUUUAUGGAAUUGAUGUGAUGCGCAAGAUCUGUAACCACCCUGAUCUACUUGAAAGGGAUCAUGCCUUCAGUGAUCCAGAUUAUGGAAAUCCAGAACGUAGUGGGAAAAUGAAAGUUGUUGGUCAAGUGCUUAAUGUUUGGAAGGAACAGGGUGCAGAUAGGGUGAUCAUCUUUGACCCUGACUGGAAUCCCUCAAAUGAUAUGCAGGCCAGAGAGCGGGCUUGGCGUAUUGGUCAGAAGCGGGAUGUAACCGUGUAUAGGUUGAUAACACGGGGAACUAUUGAGGAGAAAGUGUAUCACCGUCAGAUUUACAAACAUUUUCUUACAAAUAAGAUAUUGAAGAAUCCACAACAGAAAAGGUUCUUUAAGGCCCGGGAUAUGAAAGAUCUUUUCGUACUUAACGUGGAUGGAGAAACUGGGUCAACUGAAACUUCAAAUAUUUUUAGUCAAAUAUCUGAAGAAGUGAAUGUCAUUGGGACACUGAAAGAAAAUAAGGAUAAGAAUGAACAUAGCCAAACUGCCAAACUGGAUUCUGAGGAUGUUGCAGUUAAUAAUGAUGACAAGUCAGAGAGAGGAUCUUCGGAGGGGAAGGGGAAAGAGAAGGUUGAACUUUAUAACGGGGUUGAUGAUGGAACAGAUAUAUUGAAAAGCCUUUUUGAUGCCAAUGGGAUACAUAGUGCCGUGAACCAUGAUUUGAUCAUGAAUGCCCAUGAUGAGGAGAAGAUGAGACUUGAAGAGCAAGCAUCCCAAGUUGCUCGAAGAGCUGCAGAAGCUUUACGUAAGUCACGAAUGCUCAGAAGCCAUGAUAGUGUAUCUGUUCCUACGUGGACAGGAAGGUCAGGAACUGCUGGUGCACCAUCAUCUGUUCGUCAGAAGUUUGGUUCAACCGUGAAUCCCCUAUUGGUAAGUAAAAGCAAGGUAUAUGACGAGUUACCCAGCAAGGGAACGACAAAAUUAAAUGGAUUCGCUGCUGGGGCAUCCGCAGGUAAAGCUUUAUCUUCUGUCGAACUUUUAGCUCAAAUUCGAGGUAACCAAGAGAAAGCCAUUGGUGCUGGGCUCGAACAUCAGUCUAGCAUGUUGUCAAGUUCCACGAAUCAAGCAAGAUCUGUAGAUGUUAGAUCUUCCAGGGCUACUGCAAGUUCAUCUGGAUUACAACCUGAAGUAUUGAUUCGGCAAAUCUGCACUUUUAUACAACAGCGAGGGGGUAGUUCUGAUUCAGCCAGCAUAGUUGAGUAUUUUAAGGAACGUAUUCCCUCACAAGAUCUUGCCCUGUUCAAGAAUCUGUUAAAGGAAAUUGCGACUCUGCAUAAAGGAUCAAAUGGAUCUCAUUGGGUUCUGAAACCAGACUAUCAAUUCUGAUAUCAGACACUACCAAUAGGAGUGAGUUAUUUGCCAAUAUUCCUAUGCCAACAGUAGACUCUGAAGCAUGCUUCUUCGUGCUGUCGUGGUUUAUUCUUUUACUGAUGUUAGUUUAUGUAUGAGACAGUCGCGAAGAAUGCCUGUAGAGCCCGUUUUUGAGUUCUUAGCUCAAUUUUGCACACGGAAAAGGGAUAAAUAGUUUCACAGGCACCUCUAUGGAGUGCGGUAAAUAGUAGUUUUGUAAAGCCGCAUGGUUAUUUCUAUUUUUAUUCAUUUGGUUAUCUAAGUAAAGAGACAAUUCCUUUAACAUCAAUAAUACUUCCUUUUAAUCUUAACUAAGCAUUCUCAUGUGUAGACUUAUU